CAUUUGCAAACUUCACAAAUCAAUCCUUUAUGUUGAAUGAAGCUCUGUGUGGUGCCCCUUAGUUCCAAGUGUUGCCAUGUGAUACUAGUCCUCUUCACAGAUCAAGGAUAAAAAGAGUGCGUCUCGCCGUGUAUAUCAUGUUGCCAAUUGCAUUGAUACUUCUUGUGUUGACAGUUGCGUUUGUAUAUUUGAGAUUUCGGAAGAAAAACAAAACUCCAAUUCAAACUGUUCCAAUACUUGCAACUGAAAAAGAAAGAAUUACAUACCAUGAACUUCUACAAGCAACUGAUGAGUUUAGAGAAAGCAACUUGCUUGGUAUCGGAAGUUUCGGUUCAGUUUAUAAAGGUACACUAAUUGAUGGAACUAUUUUGGCCGUAAAGGUAUUCAAUCUACAGCUACAAGGUGCUUUUAAGAGUUUCGACACAGAAUGUGAAAUAUUGCGCAACAUCCGACAUAGGAAUCUCACUAAGGUCAUUAGCAGUUGUUCUAACCUUGAUUUCAAAGCCUUGAUACUUCAGUACAUGCCUAAUGGGAGCCUUGAAAAGUGGUUGUAUUCUUACAACUACUUCUUAGAUAUCUCACAGAGGUUAGAUGUAAUGAUAGAUGUGGCAUGUGCAAUCGACUAUCUUCACAGUGGGUAUUCAACCUCUAUUGUUCAUUGUGAUUUGAAGCCAAGCAAUGUCCUUCUAGAUGAAGAUAUGGUUGCACAUGUGAGUGAUUUUGGAGUUGGGAAGUUCUUAUGCGAUGGGGAGAGCACUGCUCUAACCAAGACUCUAGCUACAUUUGGGUAUAUUGCACCAGAAUAUGGAAUGGAAGGAUUAGUAUCCACAAGGUGUGAUGUUUACAGUUAUGGCAUUAUGUUAAUGGAAACAUUUACAAGAAGGAAACCCACUGAUGAUUUAUUUGCUGGAGAUCUGAGCCUCAGGGGUUGGGUAAAGGAGUCAUUACCUAAUGCAAUAAUUCAGGUUAUAGAUUCCAACUUGCUAACGCCAGAGGAUGAAGAUUUCACUACAAAGGUGCAGUGUGUGUCGUCCAUCAUGGAAUUAGCUCUGAAUUGCUCUUCAGAAUCACCUCAGGAAAGGUUCAAUAUGGGUAAUGUUCUAGCAGCACUCAAGAAGAUCAGACUUCGGUUCCUAGCUAAUCAUGUGCGCAAUUCUCGCAGAUCUUGAAUGGAGUUGAAGCAUGAAAGCUGUGGUAGCUUUCCUCCUCCAUGAUGCUAGAACUUCACUGUUAGAGGUUACUCGUCAAUGGAGAAAGCACAUUUAAAGCUAGUUUUUGGUGGAUAAAACAGUAUGUAAAUGGUAUGUUGUAUCAGAUUAAUUAGAUCGAUCCAUCUACAAUAUGUACUAGUUACAAGAUGCUUGUCUGUUUAUACUGUGUGUGGCUAGAUUAUUUUUCUUCUGUGAUCGGAUUAAGCAAUGAAUUUUCUUAUGGAUUUGGCAAA